AUGUGCUGCCGAAAACGCCGCGCCGCCCGUCAGGCCUGGCUCGAGCGACGUGCCGCUGGAGGAGGUAGAUGCGGCCGCGGCCCCGGUGGCCCCCGUGCCCCGACCCCCUUCGCGGGCGGCGGACCUUUUGGCCAAUGGCAAGAUCUCCCUCCCGACGUCGUCCACCAGAGCCCCUCGCAAUACCAACAAGUCGCCAUACCCCGCAACGAACCUGCGGCCAAGGACAUCGAAAAGGGCACGCCUCCUGGCGAGCGCGACGCCGGCCGUGCUUCCUUCAUGGCCGGCGCUCUCGGGCGAUGGAGGGAUUCGAUCGGGAGCGAUGCGAAGCGGGAGAUAAAAAGAGAGUCGACAAAUACCUUGCCGCCAAAGUACACUGCUGGCGUGUCUGAGGUGCCGCAAUGGCCUGACGAGAAGGCUGCAGCGAAGAGAGGAUCGUUGCCACCAAACUACGAUGCUGCCACAAAGUCAUAA